UCUAUUUCUCCUGCUAGAGUCGCGAGUUCUGUGGCCGUUACUAGGAAGUGACGCAUUGCGUGAGGCGGAGGUGACGUGCGUUGCGCAGGCCCGGGCCGGUGGGAGGGGUUUGGACAAGAUGGCUGGAUCCACAGUUAAAGUCCCUCGUAAUUUUCGCUUGUUGGAAGAACUUGAAGAAGGUCAAAAAGGAGUAGGCGAUGGUACAGUAAGCUGGGGCCUUGAAGAUGAUGAAGAUAUGACACUUACAAGGUGGACAGGCAUGAUUAUUGGACCACCAAGGGUCAGUACAACAAACUAUGAAAACAGAAUAUACAGUCUGAAAGUAGAGUGUGGACCUAAAUAUCCAGAAGCACCUCCAACAGUUAGAUUUGUAACUAAAAUCAAUAUGAAUGGAAUAAAUAAUUCCAAUGGAAUGGUGGAUACACGGAGCAUACCAGUGUUAGCAAAAUGGCAAAAUUCUUAUAGCAUUAAAGUUGUACUUCAAGAGCUAAGACGUCUAAUGAUGUCCAAAGAAAAUAUGAAGCUUCCACAACCUCCAGAAGGACAAACUUACAGCAAUUAAUUUUAGCUGAUUCUCAAACUUCUGUCUUAAAACAACAACCUUCUACUCAUAUUAAUGUCUUGAUUAAAUCUCACAAUGCAAACCACCCACACAUUAAAAGAAUUUCAGCUGGUAUACAUGACCUGGACAUUUGUAAGAAUAUAUAUAUAAUAUAUGUACGCCCAGUAAGUUUUUAGGCACUAUGGGAGGAAAAAAAGGCAGCACAAUUUAUUUUUUUUCUCUUAUCAAGACACUGUCAUUUAAGUAUAAGCCUGAAGUAGCUUAAAAUUCAGGUUUUACAAGAUGAAAGCAUGACAGAAAGUGUCAGAUUGCUGUGGAUUAAUGUGUUUCCGAAAAUUAAUCUCUCAAGAAGAAAAAUUAUAAAUGGCAUGCUUUAUCCAUCUGGCUUAGUAAAAGAGCUGCAGUUAAAAUUGUUUUAAAGUAGCAGAUACAGUGAAUACUGUUGCUCAUCUUGUUUAAUUUUUGCUAAGGUGUGGGUGCCGACUACUAUUGGUGUCACAAAGUAUGUUCAGGAUUGUUUUGAUACCUGUAUUUAUAAAAGGGGGGAAUGGAUUCUGUUAAGCGGCUCCUGUGUGUUACAUGUAAUGGACAUGGCAAAUAUUUGUUUACAGUCUUUGUUCUAAUAAACAAUGCAUUUAAGUUUUAGUGAAACAAACAAAGGAAAUAGGUGUAUGGAUAUGUGAUUGAGAUUAAAGUUAGUCUUAAAAUGUAAAUAAAAUGUGGAAAGUA